ACAUCGAUCAGUUGUUGAUGAGGAUCCGCGUCGUCUGCUGUUGCCGCAGUAGGGAGCGACCUGUGACUAAACUCUGUCUGCUGUGACUGUCUGUGCGCGCCUCCAGAUAAGUAAAAGAGUUAGAAGUCGUCCUCCGGCAGCCUAACUAACAACCAUGGAGUUCAGAUUCGAUGUGGAAAGGCUCCUUCCUGACGAAAUCACCAGGGUGGACAAUUCGCUCAUUCUCAGGGGCUGGACUUCGGCUACCAGGAACAGGCUCGAAUACCAGGAACUGUACCAGAUCAUCAAUGCCAUUGGCGAGGCCUCCUCCUUUGCACAGGGCCUCAACAAUGUCAUCACAACGUCAGACAAACUGCAGAGCUCUGACCACUUCCUAUACUUGAUGAAGGAGAGGGACGACUCCAUAGGGCAGACUCUUGUUGUUGGCAUGCUCAAGAUUGGCCGCAAGAAGUUGUUCCUUCUUAACGAAGACCAGAGAACAAAGGAGUGUGCUCCUUUAAGCGUCCUAGACUUUUACAUUCAUGAGUCACGCCAACGCAGAGGAUAUGGCAGAAGACUCUUCGAUUACAUGCUUAGGGAGCAAAAUGUGCGGCCAGAGCACAUGGCUGUGGACAAGCCGUCAGAUAAAUUCUUAGCCUUCUUACGCAAGCAUUAUGGCCUCAGUAGGACAAUUCCACAGAUUAACAACUUUGUAAUCUUUGAUUCUUUCUUCCAAGAUCGCCCCAUAACAACAGACGAAGCCGCCAUGACUGUGGUGAGCCGCAGUCCACGCACGGCUUCCCCCGAGCGCAACCAGUCUCCCAGCGGCUCCAGGCGGUCCUCCACCUCAAGCUACUCCCACUCAGCUGGUCGGCCAUCAAACCCAUCAAGGCAGGCCAAUAGCAUGGUUGACAUCCUGCAUGGCCGUCCCGAUCGCCACACUCCCGCAGCCAGGCUGUCUCCACGCUACCAGACCACCCUGGAGUCAGAAGAACAGGGAAGUAAGGAAGCAGUAGGACAGUGGAUGCGAGGGCCGAGGUCAGGAGGCGAAUCUCCGUACUCUCGCACCCCAACUUCCUACUCAGCCUCUCGCACCCCCUCUAACACUGGGUCUCCUCUGCGUACCCCAUGGGGCGGCUCUCCCCCCCGUUCACACCCUCAUACUCCCCCUACCACUUCACAGCCUGGCAGCCGCAAGGACAGUGCGGACAUGGUGGACGGGCACAGAAGCAUGGAGGGGUCCAUUGCUCCCACACCGGCCACGUCCCCUGAGCGUGGUGGCUCCCCCUCCAAGGCUUCGCACGAUGACCAGGAGGAUGAGGGCAGCGUGAUCAACCAGCAGCCAUCCGUGGAAGAGGAUGGCAUUGUCGAGAAAGUGGAUCAGAUGGCAUUAUCAGAAGCUCCAGACCAGUCUCCAGCCAAGUCGCCACAGCUGUGCGGGCUGGUGUCGUUAUGCAAAACAAACCAGUGGAGUGAGAGCGUGACCCGAUCACCAGGGUCUGUGGGUGACCGGGUCCUCUCCCCAAAGGGCUCCACCAUGGCCGGUGUUCUGCGGGAAGAUGAGUCGGUCCAUGGCCACCUGAAGUUCCACCAUCAUGCACUGUGGUAAUCCUCCUGACCCACACCCCUGCCCACACCCCUCACCGCCCCCCACCCCAAAGAAUUAUCUCCCGCCACUGCCAGCCAACAGAGAGGCUCCAUCCCUGUCCCACAAGACCCAUAGCCUCAUAGAAGAAGCCAGGAGGAACCCCUGCCAGAACCUGCUAGUCUUGGGGUCCUGGCAUGCGAAGUUUGCCUGGCUGUUUUGUAUGUGUAUGUACAAGCGGGAUCUUGGUGGCACCCAUAUACCAUCCUCUUCUGUGGACUUGGUGUGUGUGUGAUGUACUCUUUGGUGACCAUACCACAAGGCGAGAGAGAGGCGCGCAGCUACCAUCAGGAAACAUCUAUGCCAGAUUUACAAAGCAUUCCUAAUCACUGGUUGAGACAGCUGAAAGGCCUCCCCUUAGAGGCAGGAGUCUACAUUCCGGCCUACUUAUUUGUUCAUGUAAAGUAGGUGUACUUGAGUUGCAGUGAAUUGGGUCAUUAUUUGUGAUUUGGAUAGAUUUCCUCCCUGUUGAUUGUAUUUAUUUUUUUAUUCCUAAUUUGGUGUAUAUUAUCAUUUUAUGAUAUUUACUCAUUUAAUUUGCAUGAGAAAUUUCGUUUUAGUAGCCCAGUGCUAAGGAUUUAGGAUCAUUACAUGUAAUGAAAAAUAGGAAUUAAAGGUAGCAUUUUUUAAUCGGAAUGAUUGGGAAAAAUCCAGGUUGUGAGGUUAAAGUACAUCAUAAUGUAUUUAAUCUUUCAUUCUUGUUUUAUUGAUAUGUAGAAGGUUCAUAUGAUGCAUAUUGAAAAGCCCUUUUUCUUUUCUUAAAAUAGUAUUUACUGAACGGUAUUUGUAAAAGCUUAACUUUUUAUGUUAGAGGUCUGACUAUGGAGAGUGAUGAAAGCCUCAGUCUGCAUCCAAGAAAACCUAUUCUGGAGACAGCUAGCUUGUCAGGAGAAUCAGUAUUAUAUGAUGGCAAAGUGCAGUUUGUACUGACUUCAAGCUUUACUUAGUACACUAAUAUUUAUAUGAUUCUUUAGCAUGCUUUUGCAGCUGUAUAUUGAAAGAUUUUAAGUACCUAGUAAACAUUUACCCUGCCUUUGACUGGCUCUCAAGGAAUAGCUACCAAAGAUAGUUCUGCUUCAAGUAAUGGAAUUCAAGAUUAAAGCACAGUGCCUAGAUGAGAUGGAGCAUUGGUAAUGACAGCUACUUAGAACAGGGUCCCCACAACUGAUGUAUUGUAUGGUAUAUUGCAGUAGCAAGUAGUGGGCUUGUGAACAGGAAGAGGUAUCCAGCUGAUAUGGUCCUUGCAUUUUAUAUGAGACAAAGAGGCAACCUAAGAUCUUGGUGUUUAUUCUAAAUAGUACUCUAGAACUACAUCCAACAUAUUGCUAGUGUGUCAUUUCGUCAUGGGACAUGAAUAUAUGGUGUGUUUCCUUUCUAACUUAAACAGUUUAUUGUUAGAAAGUUCUAUACCACUUAUACCCAACCAGUAACAUUGGUUAUCGAUACAUGAAUGCAUUUGCAUGUCUUUGUUUAAAUAGGGUCUUCAGGUGGGGAAAAAGACACACCACCUCAGCUCUUAUAUUGUGCCCAAGAUAAUGACACUGUCCAAAAUAACUGCCAUGUUCAGAUACUAGUAAAUUGAUAGAUUGAGUAAUUCUGUGCUACAGCUAAAUGUAAUGUGUACCCAACUGUGGCAUGAAUGUUUUCAGUCAUUCCAAUAGUGUGCAAGGAACAGUUUUUAAAUUUUUUGUUUAAUUUUCUUUGGUUUUGUUGAUUUAUUAUAUUGGGUUGCCUCUGAUAAAUAAAAGAAAACAUCAGUUUAGUUAUGUUGACAAUGGGAUUAGAUUAAAGUGAAUACAGAAAUAACUUGCCUUAAAUUUGCACAUUUUCUACCAUUAAGUAGCAUCAAGUAGGCGCAUCUUUAAUGAACUGGAAACCUCCAGGCUCUGCCUUACAAAGAAUUCACAUACAAACUCAAAAAAAAAAAAAAGAACGUAAAUUUAGCAGCUGACUAGAUUAUCGCCAAGUUUCAGCACCAUCAUUUAUCAUAUAAGAUCACCAUUAGUUAGUGAUGAUUGGAGAUUACAGAUACAUUGAUUGUAAUUAAUACUGCUAGAGUUAGUUGUACCCGCAGACCAGGAAGGCCUUUUCAUAUAUGUGUAAGUUAAGGGUACUCGUGCUUUUUUGUGAUCUGAUGUUUAUCAUAUGGAAAUGUGAUGAUGAUGUGUACAUUCCUUCAUAGCAUCUAAUUUUAGAUUUCAUUCACAGAUAUUUUGUAUAUUGAUGAUAUGCAGUGUUUGAGCAUAUAAUGUAGAAUGUUAUGUGAAUCAUCUGCAUUUACAGAUAAUAGGUAAUAUUUCUGUAGUUGCCAUUGAUUGGCUAUUUAUUAUUUUGUAAAAACAUUUUGUAUCUCAUUCACAUGAUUUUGUACUGAUUACAUCUGGUGCAGAAAUAUGGUUAACUCACAACCAGUCUCUCUUCAGAAUCUUACACUUCAUUUCUUGAACCUUAUAGUAGCACAGAAUCUCGAAGGCAACCCAUUAUUAAUUACAGUUUCUGCAAUUGUUAUAUGUACAAUAUUUAAGAAAAACAUUUUCUGCACUCCAAUGACUAUAAAUGUAAGCUUACCUUUCAGGCAUUUCAUUGAUAGAGUUCAAGUGCAGUUUUGAUCUUCUCUGUUACUUCUCUGUAAAUUUAUCCCAUACUAGCCACACAGGAGAUAUGGAUUUUACAUAUACUAUCUAUAAUUCUAUGUUUAUGAUAUUUAAGGCAGAUAAUUCUUACUUUACCUGUUUGCAGGAAAAAGUUGUUUUUCUUUCAAUAACAUUGAAAACCACAAUUUCCCAUUUAUUCACCUUCACCAUAAUAGUUGUAGGCAAUAUUUUCUUUUCAUAUUCUCUGAAGAGGUUAUUUUGGAGAAUUGACAAUUUCAUUAGCUACGUUUUAUUCAUAUUUAUUCCUUUUUGAAUGCCUAUACAUGUUUUUUAGUAUUUAUUUAAUAUCUAUCCAUGUAAUGUACACAUUCACAGUCCUGAUCUUCCUAUAAUUUCUAGAAGAUGCAGUGGGUAUCAGGAGGAAUGGCAUCAGUUCAGAAUAAGGCCUUAGUUACUUAAGUCACGCUCUCUUCUUUUCUUCAUCCUACUUCUCUCACUCCCUCCCUCUCUCUCUCUCUCUCUCUCUCUCUCUCUCUCCUUCUUCCUUCCUUCUCUCCCCCUUUCUCCCCCCCUCUCUCUUUCUCUUCUCUCCUUCGCUCUCUCUCCUCAUCCCUUUUACUCCUUCCUUCUCUCCUUCUCUCCCUCUCUUUGCCAAGCAAAAGUUACGGAUAUAAAUCCAGCUUCCUGACUCUUCCCUAACGUAUUUUUAACCAUUAGGCCAUUAGAAAAUUUGAAAUUCUUGAGAUUCUUGAAGUUUGCCAAAAUUCUACUAUUUAUUUACAAGACAAAUAGUAACUUAAGUGAAAAGCUGUUUAUGUUUAUUAUGUGUACCGGUGUGACACACUGCUCUAUGUAAAUCACAGUGUUGUGGAUAUGUUACCAGAGCACAAAUUGUUUCAUAUCUAAAUCUCUUCUUCCUUUUCAUAAACAUGUGUAUAUUUUGCUGGAUAAUUUUACUUCUCAUUUCAGAGGUAUUUAAAUGGUGGUGUAUUAUGAAAGCUAUUUUCAUAUGGAUGGAAUUUAGAUUAUUAUUUGAUUUGAUUUUAGAUUUUAUUUUUUAGAUUUUUUUUUUUUUUUUCUUUUUUUAAUCAUGAGAUUAUUGUACAUCUUACUCUUACUCUUAAUAUUGUUUUAGCUAUCUUUCCAUACACCAUAUGUUAAUAGGUCUAUUUGUAUUACUGUACUAUAUAUUGUUGUACAUUGAUGACUUGAGUUUAUUUUAUCUUAGAUAUAUUUAUAUAUUGUUUAUGUUUUUUUGUUUUUUUAUGAACAUUUCUGGAUGCUACAUAUUUGUUUGCACUAAAGAUACCAUAAAUUCAAUGACCAGGUAAUCCAAAUAUUUGCAUUUAUUUUAGAAUUUGGUGCUGUUAAAUCAAAUGAGGAAAAUUAAACAUGAAUGUUUACAAAGAGAGAUGUGACAUAAGAAAGUACGAAUAUUUAACAAAGAAUCUGUAAUGAUAUUAUCAUUGUAGAGACUUUCAUCAUUGUUGAAUGUGUUGACAUUAUGGUCUUUUUACUUCAAGUUAAAACUCUUAAGAAUGGAAUGUACAGUUAUUUUUUAUUGUUUUAAAUGUUUAAAUGUAGUGUCAAGGAAGGAUAAUAUUGUCAUUAUUUAUCAAGAAAUUUAGAAACCAGUGAACACAUUGAUCAGAAACACUUUACAUUAAUGAUCUGUGUUACUCUGUGUAUUUUAGGUAAACCUACAGUAUCUUAAUUUUAUGUGAAAAUGAUCAUUACUUCAAUUUUGAAAAUGGUAACCUGCAAAGAGAAAUAAUCAUCAAUUUGGUCUGUUUGUUUGGGCCACCUCAUCAAGAUCUAUAACUUUAUACAAAAAAUGGAUGUUUGGAUUUCUCUGAUAUUGCAAAUUUGUAUUUUGAGUACAUUCUGUAGCUUUUAGAAUUACUGUUUCAUAUACUGAUUUUUUUUUUCUUUUCUAUUUUGUAAACUGAUUUUGUAACGAUACAGUUGACGUUUUUAUUUAUGUUAAUUAAAGCUUUAAACUCUGAACACUACACUGUUACCAUUGCCAAGUAAUAAAAUUAACAUAUGCAA